CAGGGAGGCAGACGCGGCGGCGACGACCGAGGAGGAACCUGAACGCGCGGCACGUCACGCCAGGGAAGUCGGUGUCCCGCUGUUUGCCAGGACGUUAUCUAACCCUGUCCUCGCUCUCUCACGGAUAUAACCGACACACGCACACGCGCGCGCAGCGGAGAGGGGGAACAUGAUGGCGACGUUGGGACCGGACUCGGCUCGUCCUCCUCUCUCUGUCGGUUCUUCUCCGUCGACCCAGACUCACAUCGGCAGCGCCAACCUGCCUCCCAACCGGGGCUUGGAGCGGGCGCUGGAGGAGGCUGCGGCCAGCGGCGUCCUCAACAUCAGCUCCCGCAAGCUGAAGGAGUUUCCCCGGACAGCCGCCAACCACGACCUGGCGGACACGGUGGAGGCAGACUUGUCAAAGAACCGACUGACCGACGUCCCCUCAGAGGUCUGCCACCUGGUUGCCUUGGAAACACUAAACCUGUAUCACAACUGCAUCAGGGCCAUCCCAGACAGCAUCAUCAGCCUGCAGUCGCUCACCUCCUUAAACCUCAGUCGUAACCAGCUGGGCUCUCUGCCGGCCUGUCUGUGUGGUUUACCUCUGAGAGUCCUCAACGCCAGCAACAACAAGCUGGUCAGUCUGCCCGAGGCCAUCAGGCAGCUGCACAGCCUCAUGGAGCUGGACAUCAGCUGUAACGAGAUCACGGCUCUUCCUCGUCACAUCGGCAGACUCAAAGCUCUGCGAGAGCUAAACGUACGGCGGAACCUCCUCUGCGUGCUGCCUGAAGACCUGGCUGACCUUCCUCUGGUCAAGUUUGACUUCUCCUGUAACAAGGUGUCCACCAUCCCAGUGUGUUACAGGAAGAUGAAACAGCUCCAGUCACUCCAGUUAGAAAACAACCCACUGCAGAGUCCACCUGCACAGAUCUGUAUAAAGGGUAAAGUUCAUAUAUUCAAGUAUCUGAGCAUCGAGGCUUGUCGCAGUGAGAAGAUGCCCGACUCUCUCUACCUGCCUGUCAUGGAGCGGCUCAGCCUAUCACGGCCCACCACCGGCAGUGUGGAGGACAUGGAGCAGCAGAAGAAGCAGGACAGCGACUCAGGAGUCGGCAGCGACAACGGAGACAAGCGACUGUCUGCUACUGAGCCGUCAGAUGAAGACAGUCUGAGUCUCAAUGUGCCGAUGAGCCACAUCACAGAGGAGGAGGGAAUCAGCAAAGACGACUCCAGUGAACACAUCAGCUCCCUGACAGCAGACCCAAACUCCGAUUCGGUCCGUCUGAUUGAGGAGAGCCCUACGGAAGCCCUGAAGGAGCAGUUCAGCUACCGAGACUCUGCUCUCAGCACUCGCUUUAUGAACUACAUCAAGGGUCGGACAGCAGCAGACUUUGACGAGCCGCUCAGGAUAGAAGAAGACUCACACUGGCAAACAGAGCAAACGUCAAAGGUCACAAGGGGCACAGAGCUCCACAUUGACAUGAUCAACCAGCUGAAAGAGGCUGUGGAGCUGCUGCAAGACCCCAGCAGAGUGUCCACAGAGCAGGACGAUCUGUCCGGAGUCCAACUCUACCCGGUGGAGAUGGUCACAGUGGAGGAGUCUCUCAAUGGGCAGGACAGUGAUGACGGCGCCACCACACCAAAGCGAGGAGACAGAUCUCCAGCCAGCGGAUCCCCUUCCUAUUCCAACCCUCCGUUUGGACUGAAGCCCCGAUCAGCCCCGCCCUCGCUGCCCUGCUCGCCCCCCUCUUCCUGUCUCGACCCCUGCUUCCUCUCACAGGCCUUGCCCCUCCAUAGAGAUACGCCGCGUAGCCAUGACGACGGAGGCGUGCAGAGCCGUGUUUUCCUUCGGAGCCACAAGAGUCUGGAGUCUGUGGAUCCCCAGUUCACCAUGAGGAGAAAGAUGGAGCAGCUCAGGGAGGAACUGGAGCUCAUGGAGCAGCUCAGAGACAGCAUCGAGAGUAGACUAAAGGUCGUCCUGCACGAAGACCUCGGCUCGUCUCUGAUGGACGGCGUCGUUCUCUGCCAUCUGGCCAAUCACAUUCGCCCACGCUCUGUUGCCAGCAUCCACGUCCCCUCACCUGCAGUGCCCAAACUCAGCAUGGCCAAGUGUCGGAGAAAUGUGGAGAACUUCCUGGACGCCUGCAGAAAGAUCGGUGUACCGGAGGACAAGCUGUGUCUUCCUCACCACAUCCUGGAGGAGAAAGGCCUGGUGAAGGUGAGCAUCACGGUUCAGGCUCUGGUGGAUGAGGCCUCGUCCAAACACACCCUCCUGACGUGAGCGGCAGAGACGGGCGGAGCUUCCACGGCUGACACAUGCAGCUGACACGCACCUGGAUCGACACCCUGACCUGAUUUCACAUGACGCUACGACUUGUCUCUGUGGUCAUUGUGUAUCCCUCUCAGUAACAGAGUGUUUAUUAUAGAUAAGGAUGCAAAAUGGCGUUAAGGGAACUAAAUGGUCAGAAGUGGGUUUAUUUACUAAUUCACGAGAGGGAACUUUGGGUGAAUUAAGAAUUUAGUAAGCAGAUGGACUGAUGGAAAAGCCAAACCUGCCCAGUGUCUGACUGGUUGGAGGUGUUUUCCAUCAGUUUCAGGGGGUGUGAGUGAAAACUGACCAUGUGUAACAUCCAUCACUGCAGGUAAACACAGGAAACACAAACAAACAAACAGCUAAAGGGAACAAAUACAGCUCACAUUGGUUUUAUUCUGCUGACACAGGAUCAGGGUCUGUGGAGGGAAAAGCUUUUAAGAAUAAAGUCAAAAUAAGUUUGGAAAAAAGUAAAAAAUGUGAGAGUGAAGUUGUAAUUUUGACAGAAAAGAUUCAUCUUAUGAGACAAAGUCAGAUUUUUAAGAGAACAAAUGAAAGAAAGCAUUUUGAGAUUUUGUCAUAAAUUUUAUGAGGAAAAGUUUUGGAAAUAAUGGGAGUUGUAGUUUUACUCUAAUAGUUUGAGAAUAAAGUUGUAAUAUUACAAGAUGUGACUGUAUUCCUGGAAAUAUGACUUUCUUCUCAAAACCAUUUUAUUUUUAUAAAAUUACUUCAUGACGUAUUUUGUCAUGAAAUUAAAACUAUUUUCUUUUUUCUUGGAAUUCUGACUUUAUUCUCGUAAUAUUCCAUAUUAGUCUUAAAAAAAAGACUUUAUUCUGAAGAGCUUAUUUGUUUUUGUUGGUGAGCGUGGCCCCGAUCCUCUGUCAUAGAAAAAUAUAAACAGCUAUAGUAUUUAAAUUUAAAUUAGCAGGCGCUGUAGCUCUUUAGCUUUUCUUCUCAAUCUGAACCAUUUAACUGUCGCAGCGACUUUACACCUUCACCUCUUUAUAUCACGCAGUCUGCGAACAGCUGAGCAGAAACUCCUCAGUCAUUUGAUGAACUAUCAGUUUUCUAUCUGCUGAUUAUUGAUUUCUUUCUGCUGAGGGUUCAGGUGACGUGUUACUGGACCGAGUGAGGAUUUAGCAUUUUGCUCUCAGUUCCCUGAAGAGAAUAAAACCAGUCUUGACUUAGAGGGAGACAACUUUUAACCACAGUUUGUAUUUAAACAGAAAUAUAUUUAUGAUAUAAAAAGCAGCUGAGAUAAGAUGUUUGGGUUGUCGGAAACAUCCCAGAAAUAUUUUUCUCUAAUAUAUUUUAGCUGUAAUUGUCUGGUUGACUUUCUGUGGAGCUCUCUGCAUGUUCCUGAACCAGGUCUGAGUCUGUGUCGUGGGGACACUAAUCUGUGCUUAUCAGGUCUCCCUGAUGGACCGAGAGUCCAGGUAAUCAGUCUGAUCUGUCUCUGGGUCUUCUCUCGCUCGCGUCCUCUCACAGCGGUGGGUUCACGGAGGGAAAAUCUCGCUUCUGUUCUCUCUGGUGUUUUUAUCACAUGCAGUUUGCCAGUUUGCCAAAACACACGUGGUGUUAAUGAAAAAGUCAGAUCACCAGGUUUACUGUCCACACACACCGAGGUCUGCAGCCUGAUGCACCUGCUGUGUGUGAGACUGAACUCCAGGUGAGCCAGGUGAGCUGCUGCUGCUGCUGCUCAGGUGUAUGUGACACAGACACCCUCAGCUCCGCCAGUCCAGCAGAAGCAGUCUGGCCUGGUAUCACUGAUACUGCUGAUGCUUCAAUCCACAGCCUGCUACGUCAGCUGUGUGUGUGUGUGUGUGUGUGUGUGUGUGUGUGUGUGUGUGUGUGUGUGUGUGAAUUAUGUGGCAAUGCAGACCUGAAAAAACCUGGAACCUUAAAGGGGCAGUAACUGAUUCUGGACCUUUAUCGACCUCUGAUGGAGUCACAGCUUUCAGCAGCACUGACAUUAUCUCAGGCCGCACAGCUGCAGACACAGCUGUGCACGUAGGCUGUGCACGUAGGCUGUGCACGUAGGCAGCACCCGGGUGGGGGCGGAUGGGACACAAACACUUUAACUUUAAAAAUGAAACGAUUAUUGAAUUAAUAAAAUCGCUGCUGAUAAUUUUCCUGUAGAUCAUCUGAUCAGUUAAUCAGAUGAAACACUGAUCAGCUCCGUGAGUUAGUGUGAGCUUUGUUAAAGGUGCGAUCUGUCGUCACUGACGUUUCACAGAUUUACUUACUGCCCCUUUAAAAGUCUGGGAUCAUGUUGUGUUUCUCCUAAAUGCCAGAACAGGAACACGUGAAGUGUCUGACACUCGUGAACCAGCAGAUUCAGUUUGUUCUUCUCUGCAUAUGAUGCAGCUCCGUAUCCAAAGCUCCAGCUUCUUAAAGAUUCAGCAGUAAAAAGCAAAAAGAAAAGAUUCCACUGGACAAAUUUCACAGUUGCCAAAACAAACCUUUUCUCUCUUGUGAUAAAACUGUAGUUAGAGGAUUUUAUUUAAAUGUGCUAUAGCCUGUGUACAUAUUAUUUAUCACAAGGAUUUCCUGUUGAAUGAAUAUUUGUAAAGGCAGUGACUUAUGUAUUUGUUUCUUUAUGUACUGUAUAUUUCACCAUCAAACACUCGCAGCAGCAAACUUUAAUCAUCAUAAUCAGUCGCUUUAUAAUCAGUAUCAUAUAGAUGUUCAAAUAAAUGCUCAUGAAUUUCAACACUAUGGGAGAAAUAACACACGUGUUAAUUAUCAGUCGUUAAUAUCAGGUAACUAUUAUUUUAUCUCUUGGCUAAAAUCUGUUUAAGAGAUGAGUCAAUUCUCAUAUUUCUGAUAUCGAGUCAUUUUAAUUUCCAUUCUCAUGAAGUAACAAAGAUUUCAGGAACGUUACGCCGACGUUUGUUAAUCAGCUGAACGAGAAACGAGGGAUGAUUUCGCUUUGCUUCUCUGUGAUCUGCAUUUUUUCAGAAAAUCAUAACUCACUCCUCUACACACACACACACACACACACACACACUCCUCUACACACACACACACACACACACACUCACACACUCCUCUACACACACACACACACACACUCACACACACACACACAGACUCCU